GCGGGGGCGGUCGGCGCUGCGCUCGCUCCCCGCCGCGGAGCCGCCGCGCCGCCGGAGCCGGAGCCGGGAUGUGACUUGCGGAGGGCUGGCGGACAGAGCUGCCCCGCCGCCCGGGGCCGCAGCACACAGCGGACAGAAAAAUGAAAACCUACCCAGCCAUUGGUUUCUUCCUCCUCUUCGUGAUCAGCUAUGGCUCUUCAGAAAACGCCAGUACUCCUCGAGGGUGUGGACUGGAUCUCCUCCCUCAGUACGUUUACCUGUGUGACCUGGAUGCCAUCUGGGGGAUCGUUCUGGAGGCGGUCGCGGGGGCAGGCGUGCUGACCACCUUACUGCUGAUGCUGAUUUUGCUGGUGAGGCUGCCCUUCAUCAAGGACAAAGAGAAGAAGAGCGCCCUGGGAAUGCACUUCCUCUUUCUCUUUGGGACUCUGGGACUGUUUGGGCUGACGUUUGCUUUCAUCAUCCAAGAAGAUGAGAUGGUGUGCUCUACCCGAAGGUUUCUGUGGGGAGUUAUCUUUGCUUUGUGCUUCUCGUGCUUGCUAGCUCAAGCCUGGAGACUUCGCAGGCUCGUUCGCCACGGGAAGAGCCCAUCUGGCUGGCAUCUGGCUGGGGUGGCCAUCUGCCUGAUGCUGGUGCAGGUCAUCAUCGCGACCGAGUGGCUGAUCCUGACCGUCGUCAGAGAUAACAAGCUGGCCUGCAGCUACGAACCGAUGGAUUUUGCCAUGGCUUCCAUUUACGUUAUGUUCCUGAUGGUAUUUACCAUGGGAUUUUCGUUUUUCACUCUCUGUGGGAAGUUUAAGAAAUGGAAGAAAAACGGAGUGUGCCUCAUUAUAACCCUUUUCUUUUCCAUUCUGAUCUGGGUAGCCUGGAUGACUAUGUACCUCUUCGGUAACGCCGAGCUCCAGAGAAGAGACAAAUGGAGUGAUCCCACUCUGGCUAUUGCACUGGUGUCCAGUGGUUGGGUGUUUGUUAUUUUCCAUGCCAUCCCAGAGGUCCACUGUACCAUCCUUCCAUCACAGCAGGAGAACACGCCCAAUUAUUUUGAUACUUCACAGCCAAGGAUGCGUGAAACCGCUUUUGAGGAAGAUAUACAGCUUCCUCGGAGCUACAUGGAAAAUAAAGCCUUUUCAAUGGAUGAACAUAAUGCAGCGCUAAGAACGGCAGGAUUUCGAAACGGCAGUUUGGGAAGCCGACCUAGUGCUCCUUUUAGAAGCAAUGUUUAUCAGCCAACUGAGAUGGCAGUUGUGCUAAAUGGUGGGACUAUACCAACUGCUCCGCCAAGUUACACUGGACGACACCUCUGGUGAAAGGCUGUAGGCUGUAGAGAAUAAGAAUCCUUGUUGCAGAUGUUGUUCCCUGGCAGUGUGUCUUUGAGGGAAGGAAUCCAUAACAGUACCAGAACAAAGCAACAAAACAUCCAGGAUCUUUCUAAAUCCUCCAGAGGAUUUUGCCUAAAUGUGAACACCAUUGAAUGGAGAAUUGCAAGAACAAAAUUGUAAAACUGAAGCCGAAUCUAAUUUAAAACAGAAGCAGGCACACCUUAAAUUGGCAGAGGGGAUAUUGUAUUCUGAAGUGUAAGAUAUUCUCCUGUCUGUAACCUGUGUGCCAGGCAAGCCUGGUUUUGGUGGUUGCCAGUUGCUUGCAAAAUACCCUCCUCUCACCUAAACAUAAUUCAUGUUGCCACAAGAGAUUGCCACUACAGUGUGAAAACACGCAGGAUUUCUUUCCAUUUUGCUCCUUUUCCUGUCAUUUCCAACAUCAUGAGAAGCCCCUUGUUUGCUCCUUCCCUAGCUGUGCUGUACAGUCACGCAGCAUCGUGCGUAGUCAGACAUCGUCACUCUGUGGCAACUCGGUCCAUUUGCUCUGUAGGCUGAUACUCUGCUCUUCAAAAGCUGGCCUAGGAGGUGCAGUUCUGGAGGGAUGAAAGGUCUGUGCAUGUUUCACGUGCGUUAUGGAGCUUCUCGGGGCAGAGAGGAGGAGCGUAGGUCCAGCUCUCCUCGACCUCGAGGGAUGGAGUCCCUGGUACCCUGCCCCAAGCCCGGGUGUGAGCAGAGCCCGCGCUCACGGCUCCCGCAGGCGAAGCCAUUCCUUGGAGGGAUGGAUUUGUGCAAGGGCUCGGCCGGGAGAGGACGUGGCUGGCGUUGGCAGCAGCAGUUGGUGCUGGUGGAGGGAAGGAAGGUGCUCCUGAGCCGGCUGGGCUGGGCUGGGGGUCAGGCAGGAGCCGGGGGCGGCUGGGCAGCGCUGACCCUUGGGAGGGGCACUGGGCAGCAGAGAGGGUGAGACCCCCUGAGCCCCUGGUCGGACGAGCAGUCCGGUCCCCUCGACUGCAGUUGUUUGUGCAUUUAAAUGUGGUUGUGCAUUUUAGUGCCUAGAGAGUAGAAUCUCUGUGCUGGAGGUGGUUUGUUGUUGUUUUUGUUUAUUUAAGGUGGUUUCUUCCCUACUCCUCCCCUCCUCAUCCAUUUUCUUGAGUUGAUAUAAGGCAGACGUUUCAAAGCUCUUCAUAUUUGUUUCUCCAGGUUAUUUAAAUGGCUCCCAUUGCCCAUUUGUUGUGCCAUGGUUUUUCAUUGUGUUCAAGCAAUCAUUCCUUUCUUUAACAUUUACUACAUAUCGGACAUUGAAAAUAUCACUGUAUCCUCACUGUUUGGCCAAUGUUAAUCUUAGCUUUCCUCAAUACUAAAAGCUAAUUGUUUUUACUUGAAGGUAUAGGAAACAUAUAACAAUUAAACUUUGCAUAUGCUGUAAUAAAAAUAUAUAUUUUCAAACUAAAAAAAAAAAAAAAUGUACAAAUAACUGAAUAGCUUAGUAGCUUCACAGAGAGAAGUUACUUGCUGUAUACUACAGAAGAAAGACAAGCUUUUUAUUUUUCAAGAGUCUUCCUGAUUCCUCAUGUACCUCCAUUUCUACUGAAUUAGGAACCUAGUCCUGCAGACUUGUACUCCCACCAGUAGUCCCAUCGACACCAGUAGGUCUACAUACAGGUACAGAGGCUGCAAGACCAGUCCCUAAGUGUUGCACACAGAUAUAUGUAUAUAGAUAUGGAAAAAUAUAUAUUGCCAUUCUUGCCAUGAUCAUCUUAUGGGGUUUUAUUUCAAAGCCCUUCUCCUCCAGAAGCAAUGUUUUUCUGUCAUGCAUGAGUGAAGGAAUAUGUCAGCUCCCCCCUGCCCUCCCCUUCUCGAGGCAAAGGAAGCAUGUGCUUGUUUUAGGGAUCCUUUAUUUCAUUUCGUAUGUAACUAGAUGGCCUUAGUAACCAAGUAGGGUAGGGGUGGAUAUUGCAUGCUAUCCAGUGACUUAGAAAUACAUUUUGCUUGUUAUGAGCAGAGCUUUGAUCAAAUAAGAUAAAUAUUUAAGAUAAUAGUAGCCACCCGGAAGACACGUAAUUAGGAACAAUAAAAACACUAAUACCAUCACUUGCCUGCAGAAUUUUGCUUUUAAAAAUCAGUUUUAAAAAAUCCCUCAUAAAACUCUUAUCAUAAAAACAUAUAAGAUGACCAUGGCAUAAAUGGUAGGACAGCUUUCUUUUAAAAAGUUUAUCAUGCUACAACCAAGACUUAUGAAUUGUAAGUCACAUUUUACAGACCUUUGACGAAAGCUAUACAAGACAUAGUUAUCUUAAGAAACUCCCUAUUUCUUCUUCUAGUUGUGACUGAAUUGAUAAAUAGAGUUCCCGAUCCUGCUUCUGAUGAAGUUGUUUGUAAUUUCAGGGCUUAUGCCAAGAUAAGGCCAGAUUUUACCAACUGCUAUUCAUGUGACUAGUCUCACUAAGUUAGUCACGUGGACUAUUCACUGAAUUAAAAAUUAGCAGGAUUGGGUUUCAUGUGUGGUGGUGAAAGUGUGGCAAUAGAUUUAGGAGGGUCUUUAUUUUCCAACUUUAUACAAUUAAUAAUGAGAAACUUUUUUUUUUGUAAGUCACUAGUCUGUGUUGUAAAACACCCCAAAAUAAAACUCAAAUUGAAGAAAGGCACCUUUAUGUUAACUUAUAUUUUUGUUACAGUGUUUACUUUUGCCUUUUUUGAAAGUUUUCUAGAAUGUAGAGUAUCUGUGAACAACAUGAAUAAGUAAGUAAGCACAAGCCUUUCGCGGUUCUCCUAAUUAUAAUUAGCUUUUAUACUAUAAAAGCUACUAUGUUGUCCCUUCAUGGUUAUGUGCUCAUGGUGUUUCCAUGCAGAAAAAUGAAAUCACAAAGCAUCUGACAAAAGCAUCUAUUACCAAAAUAUGAUUUAUAAUGUUGGGCUUUUGAUCAAUGACAGGAAGAGUUCAAGGUCAUACAGAUCCUGUCCCGCUUUCAGAUGGGUUGAGGGUGUUUGACACUUGCCAGAAAAUAUGUAGCAUUUUCAGAAGAACACUCUCAAUACAUCCAGCUGUUUCUAUAAACAAGGUACAUGAAAUUCUAUACAAAUAGCUAUUUCUGCUUUUAGUCUAAACACAGGCAUCUUGCUUGGCUUUGUUUGAGCUCGAUGCCUUGGGUCUAACCAAAGGCCAUACAAAAGGGAGCAUUGUAGCUUUUAUAAUAAAACAAUUGGAUUAGUCUACCAACUUACAGGAUUACAAAGCAGGUGCUUUUUAUUAAUUGAUGAGAGCUAAAGCUCAUUUUUGAUAGAUAAUAUAUAUUUAUUAAAUGUAUUAACGUGUGUUUUAUAACGUACCCUUUUUUCCGCUGAUUGUUGCAUACUGGUAUCUUAUUAAGUACAUCUUUAAAAGAUUUUCAAGACAAUCAAUGUGUACCAUGAUGACUGUACAUAAGUAUACAAAACUACAAAGGUUGUAAAGCAUGGGCAAAUGUUUUAUUUUCAAAAUGCUGUUCUUAAUGAGAAUAAAGGCUUUACUAUUUACUUACAA